CCCAUUGGAAACCAAACAGACACGCGACUCGACGACCAACGACGACAACCUCACAUCCGCAGUGUUUCGCCUUGUAUCCUCGGUCGACACGCUGAACAGAUAAAUAAGUCGAUUUACGUCGAAAACAAGACCAUGACGACAAUGGCCACACGCGCCCCUCCGCCGGGCCUCCCAGCAAAGGUCGCCUCGGUGCCGCCGAACCAGACCCUCUACGUCACAAACCUUCCAUCAGCUAAAAUUCAGAAGGAGGACCUGCGGACGGCGCUGUACAUGCUCUUCUCGACCUACGGCGCGGUGCUAGAUGUGGUCGCCCUCAAGACGAUGAAGAUGCGCGGUCAGGCGCACGUUGUGUUCAAGGAUGUCCAGACGGCUACCCAAGCAAUGCGAUCAUUAGACGGGUUUGAGUUCUUUGGGCAUGAAAUGAAAAUCUCGUACGCAAAGUCCAAGUCCAACAUCAUUGCCAAACUGGAUGGCACCUUCAAGAUCCCCGCCGCCGCAACUGCCGCCCGCGUCGAGGUUACCGACCUGCAACAGAGCAUCUUCAAUGCGCCCGUACCCGGGGCGCCUGCUGCGGCGCCCGGCCCCCCGUCCAAACCGGCGGGUGCUGACCAUGUGAUGACCGACGCCGGCACCCCCGAGAGCCGCGGCGUUAAGCGGCCGAGGGAGGAGGAAGAGGAGCAGGAGGGGAGCGACCAGGACGUGGCGAUGGAAGAGGAGAGCGACGACGAAUGAUACCCAUCAUGCAAGCAUGGCCCUGAACGACGAAUACGACGUGUCAACAGCGACGGGCGGGGGACGCUACACGUGGGAUGAUGUGUGAUGGCUUCUACACUAUUGCCAUC